UAUCUCCUUCAGGUGGAAAACCCCAGUAUGCCAAAUGACGAAGGCAUCACUCCUCUUCACAAUGCCGUGUGUGCGGGCCAUCACCACAUUGUGAAGUUCCUGCUUGACUUUGGAGUCAAUGUGAACGCAGCUGACAGUGAUGGAUGGACUCCUUUGCAUUGUGCAGCUUCCUGUAACAGCGUCCACCUCUGUAAGAUGCUGGUGGAGUCAGGGGCGGCCAUUUUUGCCACAACAAUUAGUGACGUGGAAACAGCAGCAGACAAAUGUGAAGAAAUGGAGGAGGGCUAUACCCAGUGUUCCCAGUUCCUCUAUGGCGUCCAGGAGAAGUUGGGUGUGAUGAACAAAGGCCUGGUGUACACUCUGUGGGACUACACGGCCCAGCAGGUCGAUGAGCUGUCCUUCAGCGAGGGCGAUGCCCUCACCGUGUUGCGUCGCCGUGACGACACCGAGACGGAAUGGUGGUGGGCGCGACUUAGCGACCACGAGGGAUACGUACCCAGGAACCUACUGGGGCUGUAUCCAAGGAUAAAACCCAGACAACGCUCACUGGCGUAAAGCCCAGAUCAGACGCUACGUGCACACGCGCAUGCAUAGAGAAGAAGAGGAGCCACAUGUGGGAGGAAGCAUUAUCCAGGGAAGAAAGAACAAAGGUAGCAGGAAAAAGAGAAAACAAAGAAGGAGCUCGCAGGAACUUUUUCCAUUUGUUUGGAUGUGAUGCUGGAACCACAAAGCCACUUUAUGCUAGAAUCAUAAUAUAUAUUUUCACUGCAGUAAAAGGAAAUUGCCUGUUAUUUUGAGUUUGGCAACUUCACACUAGUUCAGCCGCAUGAGAGAAGCUAAGUAGAAAAAUAUCUUGAGGCUCAGGACAUGAAAACACGAGCUCAGAUUCAUCCAAAUAACCUCAUAUUUGAACUUUAUUUUUGUAUGGUGUAAGGAGAAGUGGAGAGAAGAUUGAAAUGCAGUACAGGUUAAAGUAAGUGUGAAGGAGAAGCAGGACAGAGGAACGUGAGGUAGUGUGUCUCUGAAUGUGUUAAAGGGAUUUAGAUGGAGCAGUGUUAGUCUGGAUUAAAGUUGGAUGUGCAACCACAAGACUAACAAAACACGAUCCAGCAAGUUUAUGAUGCAUGGUGAUCCUCAGCAAACCACAUGUUGACAAUAAAAUGUUAUGGCAUGGUAACAAAACCUUUCGUUUGAACUGACACCAGAAGAAUAUUUCAUUUCUGGCAAAAUAAUAAAAGGAGCAUCUGUAAAUGAUUAUGAAUGUCUCAAACGUUUACUAUAGAGUGGUGCAGGAAUGAUUCCUAAACCUAGGAAAUGAGUUAGGAUUUUAUUCAUUUUAAAUUCUCACCUUUUUUUUAACCUGUUUUUUGUUACAUGCCUGUAUUAAGGUCUGUGGUUAACCCAAGCUGAAGAGACUUUCGCGCUUUGUCCUGCGACAUAAAAUACGUCAGUAAACACCACACUUACUUGCUUCUAAAUAAGACUAAACGUCAUCACGCCCACCAUUAGCCACCUUUAGCUUAGCCGUGGUGACCUGAAGUCAUGUGAUUCUGAUGUAGCUUUUUUAUAGCCCAUGUUAAUAUGUGGAGGUUAUCCUGCUGAACAAAGCGUGUAAGUAACAGAUCCAUGUGUCUGCCCCAGAGUUUCUUUUCUGGAAUAUUCCCAAAUCCAAUAGAAACAUUCCAUUGCCUUUUUUUCUAGAGAGCCCUUGCGAUGCUAACCUCCAGGUCGGACCGAAGUAUGUCAUUACUGCACAACUCGACUCAGCACUGGUCCAUGCUGUCAUAUUAACAUCUGUUUAACUGUAGAAUGGUUGCUGCCAGUAAGAGAGGAGGAAGUAAGGAAAUCGAAGAAUGUGAGAAAAGGAUUUUUGAAAUUUGAAUAAUGUUGUCAAACCAAAGCAGCUAUGAAAUGGGAAUAAGGAGAUGACAAUUUUGUACACAUUUAAAUAAAACCUCUUUAAAUGUUUACACACAAAACACCUUUUCCAGUAGCCUAUAGGGCCUGGCACAUAUUGGCUAUACUGAUACCAGGUUGAAACGCAACAAUAUGAUAAGCCUGUGUUCCCCAUCCAUAAUAAAACAUAUUGAAAAAUAUAAUUGUACACAUAUUCAUGGUUAACUGCUAUAGUGUUAAAAUGAAGAAUCUAAAGUGUGAAAACAAUGUGACCUUCUCAAAAGUUAAUGUUUAAUGCCAAUGAUUUGUUGUUUCAUUUAAACACUUGUUUUUCUACUGUUACUGUUAUUAUUAGAAACACUGCUGUCAUUUCUUCAUGUCAGUGCUGGCACCACUCACUGCUGCCCCCUAGUGUACAGAACAUGCUGUGUAAAAUAUGAGGCAAUAAGUUGUGAUGUUUGGUGUGAGAAUGAGGUGUGUGAACCAUUACUUUGUGUAUAUGCAACCUGUAACUACACGGCUAAUGUAUGAUAAUAAUAAAGAAGUUAUA